AUGAGUUCAAGUCCGGAGCCCAACGAUUAUGGCGAGGACUCCUUCGAAGAUGCCAACGAAGAUACUACGCACACGGCUCCCUCAAUGCCACCAAGCUCGUCCACGCGCUCUCUAACCGACCGACGGGUGUCGAAUGGAUCUGUCACCACCCCGCGUGCUGAGAGUUCGCCGUUGCCCUCUGAUUUUCCCGAUGUCAACUCCGAAGACGAAACGGGCGACGUCAGCCCUGCGCCUCAUUCCGAGACCGAGGAUACCCCAAAGAAGAAGAAAUAUCAAAAAUCACCACUGUUAACUGCUCAUCGCUUAUCCACAACUUCGCUGGACGAAGUUAAUUUGGCAGGCACCAAGGAUGAGGACGAGUCUCCAGAGGCGACCAGUGCAGGAGCAGAAGCCCCUAUCGACCCUCCCCGUGCAGUCUCCGUCGACUCGACAACCACAGUGCAAAGCAUGUCAUCGACAUUGAUGUCUAGUUUGCCGUCCGUGCCAUGGUCAGCGGCUACAAAGCCUGCCCCCGCUGCAGCACCUGCUGCAGCACCUGCAGCACCUGCAGCUCCAGCUCCAGCUCCGGCUCCGGCUCCGGCUCCGGCUCCUCCGCCCCUACCAUCUCGCAAGACAGGCCCCUUUGCAUGGCUCUCCAGGGCAAGCACCUCCGGAAAGGAUUCCAAGUCCCCCCCGGCUAAGUCGUCUGAUAGUCGUCGGAACACCGCUGCAUCGGUCUCAACACUCAACACUCUGGAAGAAGGAGACAGUAUGAGCGUUGGUUCUAAGAGACCGACACGAAACAGUCUCAAGGACCAGUUUAAGCUCCUACGUAUGCGAGAAGAGGGUCCCGAGGCCGAUCAAGCAAGCAUCGCCUCCGGAAAUGCCUCCGUCAGUACAGGACUUGCUAGUCCCGAAGAAAAAGACAUACUGCCAACAUCUUCACCACUUAGUGCUGGGACUGGGGGAUCCUUACCUACCGUGAAUCCUAACCUUCCUCCCGGUACAGUGUCGGGAAUUUCAACAUCUGCUACCGAUGCAGCGGCACCGGUCGACUGGGAACUGUGGGAGAAGAUUGUCAAUCAUGGCCCUGAGGCGUUGUCAGGGGCCAAUUCCGAGGAACUUAACGCCGCUAUCAAGCGUGGAAUCCCCCAAACUAUCAGAGGCGUAAUCUGGCAAGUAUUAGCCGACAGUCGCAAUCCAGAGCUUGAGGAAACAUAUAAAGAACUUGUGGCCCGAGGCACAGACAAAGAACGUCAUUUAAGCCUCAGCGGCAUCGCCUCGGAAAAGGAAUCACUAGCUUCGUCGCGCUCAUCUAUACGCUCCGACCAUUCAGGCUCUCCGUCGCCGUCAAGUCAAACAACAAAUUCACCGGUUGUUCACGAAAAGGAGACGGACUCAAUAGCCGCAGAGUCGGCCCGUAAGAAGAAGAUAAAGGAAGAUGCCGAAACAAUUCGCAAAUUGGAGAAGACAAUACGAAGAGACUUGGGUUCUCGAACAAGUUACUCGAAAUAUUUUGUUUCACAGGGCAGCCAGGAGUCUCUUUUUGGAUUAUGCAAGGCUUAUGCGUUAUAUGACGAGGCGGUAGGCUACGCUCAAGGGAUCAAUUUCAUUGCAAUGCCUCUACUAUUCAACAUGGGUGAGGGAGAGGCAUUCACGCUUCUCGUGAAGCUGAUGAAUAAAUAUGGUCUACGGGAUAUGUUUAUCCAAGACAUGCCCGGUCUACACCUUCAUUUAUUCCAGUUUGAGAGGCUUUUGGAAGAUCUCGAGCCCGCGCUCUAUUGCCACCUUCGCCGACGCGGAGUAAGCCCACAACUCUAUGCCACACAAUGGUUCUUAACAUUAUUUGCUUAUCGAUUCCCCCUUCAAUUGGUUCUUCGUAUCUACGAUCUUAUUUUUGAAGAAGGGUUAGAAAGUACCAUUCUCCGUUUUGGCGUUGCUAUAAUGCGUCGCAACGCCGAGACUCUCCUUGGCAUGAAAGACAUGUCGGGCCUAUCCCAUUUCCUUAAAGAGAAGCUCUUUGAUGUUUAUAUUGAUCAACAACCGUCCGCAAGCUCAAUCCUUGAGUCCGGGUUUUUCGGAAGCUCUGGUGGAAGCGACAAAGAGAUCUACCGGGCUGACCUCAUGGUGCAAGAUGCUUGUGACAUUCCGCUCACGGCCGAAACUAUUCGUUCGUACACGACAGAGUGGGAGGAGAAGGUACGUACCGAAAGGGAAAGGGAGCAAGAACUCGAGGGGCUUAAAUAUACUGUGGCAUCGCAAGCCGCUCAAAUAAGGUCGUUGGAGGAGCGUGCUGAAAAAUCGGAUCAAGAACACGUUCAACUGGCAUCAGAGCUGGUGCGAAUGAAGGUAGAAAAUGAAGAACUAUCAGACGCCAAUGAAGGCCUUCAAGUUCAAGUUCGCGAACUCAAGAUCGUUGUCGACAAGCAGCCCGCCGAGGUUGAGGAGAAACUCCGAACUGAGAUGGAACGUAUCAUGAAACGAAACAUGGAAGUGCAGAAUGAGAACCGGAACAUGGAGGAGCAAAUGGCGGAGAUGGAGAAAGAUCUUGUGGAGACCAAAAUGAAAUGGGCUGAGCUAUCGGAAAACCACGAGGGCCUCCGACAAAAAUGGGCAGAUCUCCGCAGGGCUUUGGAUGGUUAA